AUGAGCCAUAAAGGACGGCAGGGAAGGAUGAGUGAGUGUUCUGGGGCAGCUGUUGCCGGGGCCGUGAUCCUGGAGGAACCCGAGGGUCCAGGGGCUACAGGGGGCCGUGGUGAGGGCCAGGCCCAGGAUCAGGGUCCACUUCGCUGUGCAGUUUGGCCUCGCCAGCAGACAUGGCUGUGUGUGGUCCCUUUACUUAUCGGUUUCAUUGGCCUUGGAUUGAGCCUGAUGUUGCUGAAAUGGAUUGUCGUUGGUACAGUGCGGGAUUACGUGCCAACAGACCUGGUGGAUGCUAACCGAAUAGGCCAGGAUCCUAUCUUCCUAUCUAAGCCAAGUGGCAUUCCCAAAAGUCCUGAUACUACUACCACCACAACUACUCCUACAGUUGAUGGUGGGAACCCCACACCUAGAACUGGGACUGUUGCGAAAGGUAGAACUCGUUCCACUGCUACUACCACUACUAUAAACCCAAGAGGAGGUGGAGCCUCGGGUAGCCAAGUAACGCCACGGAAUCCUGUAAAUCGUAACGGACGUGGACCUUCAGGUUUUACUCCGACCACUGCAGCACCACGGACGACCUUCAUAAUUGGAGCGGCGACAUCGAGCCCAUCGCCGUCCAACCCAACUGUACUCCAUGAUUCUACGCAGAUGUGGACGCCCGAGCAUACUACGACUGAGACGGUCUCCACCACGCUCUCCACGCAUACGCACAGCCACCGCAAAACACCUUCUCCAACCGUCCCGCCGCUGCACUCGGAGCAUUUUAAGCCCUGCCAUGAGAAGGACCUGGCCUACUGCCUAAACGGUGGCGAAUGCUUUGUCAUCGAGACGCUUAGUGGGCCUCACAAGCACUGCAAGUGUCGAGAAGGCUACCAGGGAAUCCGCUGUGACCAGUUUCUGCCCAAGACAGACUCCGUCCUCUCCGACCCAAUUGAUCACUUGGGCAUCGAGUUUAUGGAGAGCAAAGAGGUGUACAAGAGACAGGUGCUGUCAAUCACAUCCAUCGCCUUGGCGAUCAGCCUCCUGGGAACGCUCUGCAUGGCCCUCUACUGCCGCAACAAGAGACGCAGAGAGAAGCUCCAGGCCCACCUGAAGGAGAGUCGCAGUUUGAAAAACUACACUUCUAACUCCCAUAACGCCCUGGAUGCCAAGAUGAGGAGCCCGAACACCAACCUGCAAAUGCAUGAGUACUGCAAACGGCCCUCUCAGCCCCGCCAGGGAAAUGUUUGUGAGUCCAGCUUUGCACACUGCAACAUCUCCACUACGCCAUCCAGCAGCUCCAGGGGCACAGCAAAACAUCACAGAAGUGGUUCCUUGUCUCACAUCCCGGAUCAGAGAACCCGGACAGCCCAUUGGUCAGCCCCACGCAGGACCCCGCCCAUACCCAGGGGAAGGCUAAAUCCAAUUGGAGGAUCCAAGUAUUCCGGCCCCGCCUACCAACACCUGCAAGAAGUAGAUUCAUUUGAGAGGGAGGCUGAAGCACAAAGAGGUUGCCAAAUGCAGGGAGAGAACCAAUGUGACAACCCCAGACGAGAUGCCUUCCUACAUAUGCAAACUCCUGCUUCCAUAGAGACAACGUCGCCAUCGUCGUGGAGCGGCCGCAUGGAGGCGCGCUCAGGGCCGUGCGCUCCGCCCGAGCACGGCGAUCCGAAUCCCGCCACCCGCAGCCUGCGCAGGCCCGGACGCCGUCACGGCCACUCCCCGCCACCGCCGUUUCGCUCCUGCUCUAUCCCCAUCAUCCCCUCCGUCCAGUGUCACCAUGACAACGAGGUGUCUUGUAUGCAAACCAGCGUCACCCCGGCGACCACAGCAAUGUCAGUUACCUGUGGAGCCGUGCCCUGCAAGGAAGAGAAGAGAGAGAAGCUAGCGCGUGCCACGCUGUCGUCUUCGUCCUGCUCGUCCGCCCUCGGCCAGCAGCAGGAUGAGGUGGCGCUGCUGCUGGAGGAGGCGCAGGAGCAGCUCAGGGCGUUGGCGCUGGCUCACAGGAAGCAGGAAGAGGGUGGAAUCAGCAACGGCGGCUCAACGGCUGCGCUGGUGGAGGCCAGAGAAACUGUUUGCUUCCUGAACCUUAAUGGAGGAAGUGCCGGGGCGCUGAGCUGUAACGGACCCACGCAGACCCAGUUACUCAGCCCCAGCCUAUCACACAGAGACCUGGGCCAAACCAGCCAAUGA